UUUCAUUUGGCUUUUUUCUGUUUACCGUCACUUUUGCUAUUUUACCAGAACUUCUAAAUAUUUGAAAAUCAAGCAUUUAAAAGGUACUCUCAAACUUUCCAAGGUUCAGCUUGCCUGCUGAUUUCCACCUCAAAUAUGGUACAGAAAUGUGAAAUAUCUGGUUUCCCCAAGAAGACGUGACUAGUGCUGGAAUCUACUCGACUCGCAUCGACCUUUGUGACGUCAUGAAAAUAACAAAGUCUCCUGAUAUACAUGUAUAUGUCCAAAGUAGGGAGCCACUGGAAUUGUCUCGGUGAAAGUUAUCUUUGUGAUCAGAGCCACCUGUCCUGUUUCCACUUCCCUCGAUUACUGUGGCUCUUUCAAUGUUUUUCCCUUUUUAACUGGGCAUUUUAAGCUGUGUCACCCAUGUAGAAUCCAGAAAUAGUUUGUAAAGAAAAAUGAAGUCGCCUUUGUUGUGAAGAUGCUGAAGUAAUUUCUUCAGAGUGGAGAGGUUUACAUACAAGGGGAAUUCGGGGUUAUUAUGUUGCUUUUGCUCCAAUUUCUCACUUGUCCUGGCUUUCAUAGUGCAGGGUUAGGCUACCAAGUCGGGUGACUGCAGACUGGCUAUCAAGAUAUUGAUGAUUUCUUAUUUUUUGCAGUAAGGGUGCAGAGCAGACAGACUUGGAAUUUCCGAGCAGAAAGAGCCUGUUAUUAAUUUUAUUAUUCAGUGGUGUAUGUCUGUUCAAGACAGUUCACAAACACAUGAUUAACUUCAAGAUAAGUGCUUCGGGCAAUGGUACGUUUUUUGCCCGUCUAAAGGUACUUGCCCUUUAUCGUAACCUUUUUUCUCGACAUGAAGUUCCUUUGGACUUGUUCAGGAUCGAAAACUGUAGCAUAACAUGGGACAUUGUGCAGCAGAAAGAAUUUGGAAGGUUAACCCUAACCUCCGAAGGUUUAUGUAAAAUUAUAUUUAACUCUGAGGAUUUUGGAAUUUUAACUAAAGUAGAGAAUCAAGAAUAAAAUUGAAACCAGAGAGCUGCCCAAAAUGAAAGAUUGUCUGAGCAAAAGGAAAAAGUCAUUCAAAAGGUCAAGUUCACAGUCAUGGUUUCCAGCGUGAAAAUAAUAUGGAAAUGAGAGGGUUUCCCAAUGGAUCUGAAACCACAAUGACUUGACAAAUUUAGGCACAUAGUUCAAACGGAUCAGUAAUUGCGUGAUAGUUUAUAUCUUAAUGCUGUGUGUUUAGCAAUUGAGAGAUAACUAACUUCGGUGAGUUGACGAAGAUUGGCACAUGAGGCAUUGAGAACAUCAACACCUGGCUUUGUUUCCCUAGUUUUAAAUUCACUUUUUGGUGGUCACCAAAUUACUUUGCUUGUUUGCGUCAGUAGCGUCAGUAGACUGGAAGUUAUCCUGCACUGUGUAAGUUAAAGUCAAUUUCCAUUGGUCUGUUUAUCAAAACCAAAAACCCCAAAUUCAAUUAUUAGGCAUAAAUUUGUUGCUUCACAUUUCUUAGAACAUUUGAUGACUAAUCAUACCACUUUGUUUCUGUUUAUUUCUUGUUCAGUUCAUCUGUUUUAAAUGUUUCUCAAAGUGGUGUUUAGUUUGGCUCCUCCAAAAAGAUGACAGAAAUAUGCUAUCUGAAAUUUCAGCAUCCACUGGUGAUUUUUAAAAUCUUUUCAAUGCAACUGAUGACAUGAUUUACAUAAUCCCCAGUGUGCGAUUUCUUUCUGUUGGCACCCUUAAAUUUCUCCCAGUUAGUAUUGUUUCUAGUCUUAUUUUUUUCAAACCCUGCAUCUUUGUGAUUCCUUACAACUUGUCCAACCUUUCUCCCAUGUAGAUCUGCCAAGUGAGCCUUCAAGAUGCGCCUUUUCCUUCUUUUUGCUCUUGUUGUCUGUGCCGUGGCCGACAUAGCUCCCCUCUACACACAUCUGGUAGAUGGAAUUCAGGGCCAGUAUAUUGUGGCCCUCACGGAAGAGAGCCGAACUGUGGAUGAAUUCAUAGCCAGCUUUGACAAGGCUAGUGCCAGCGUCUCCAUCAUACCAAAGAUCCGCUAUCGAGACGGUGCCUUCAAGGGAUUCGCUGCUCAAAUGAGCACUGUCCAGCUAGCUGAAAUCCGUAAAAUGCCAGAAGUUGCCUACGUGGAGCAGGACUCUGUCGUCCGUGCUCUCUGGGUGGCCUCCUGGGGUCUGGACCGCGUGGACCAGAGGACACUUCCAUUGAACGGAAAGGCAAUCUUCCACGGUACCGGCAAAGGCACCAAUGCCUACAUCAUCGACACAGGGGUCUAUCCCAAGAACCUCUUUUUCUCAGACCGUGCCUACAUCGCAUACGAUGCAGUCAAAGAUAAGUAUGGGGGACUGGACUGCAACGGGCAUGGAACUCACUGCGCCGGGACCGUGGGUGGGGAAGUGUUUGGCAUCGCCAGGGAAGCCAACCUCUUUGGGGUGAAGGUGCUGGGAUGCGGCGGAUCAGGAACAACCGCUGGUGUCAUUGACGGAAUGGACUUUGUUGCCAAGGAGGGCGAGCGGCCGGCCGUCGCCUCUAUGUCUCUCGGUGGAGGGGCCUCCACAGCCAUGGACGAAGCUGUCGCCAGGCUCUUCGAUGCGGAUGUCACAGUGUCCGUCGCCGCCGGUAACAGUUACGGGGAUGCAUGCAGCUCUUCCCCAGCCAGAGCAAAGGAGGCCAUCACUGUUGGGGCCACGGACAUAGAGGACCAGAAGGCUGCCUUCUCCAACUAUGGGAAGUGCGUAGACAUCUUUGCACCAGGCGUCGACAUUCCGAGCCUAUGGAUAGAUGGCACACAUGCCGUCAACACGAUCAGUGGGACAUCCAUGGCAUGCCCUCAUGUCACAGGUGGAGCUAUCCUUGCUGUUGGCAAUAACCCUGAGCUGACAUCCGCCCAAGUCAAAGCCAAGAUUUUGGACAAUGGCACACGGGACGUGGUCAAGAACCCUGGACCAGAGUCGCCUAAUCUCAUGUUGUACAUCCCGUGAAACAAGGCUUGUUCGGAUGACACGCCUGGCACGUUGUGUCUGUUCUUGGUUCAACAAUUUAAAAUAAAAUUUGGAUCUUCCCAUCAUGAUCACAGUAAUCCACUUUUUGCCCUGUACCAGUAUAGUCUAAUCCCUAAACUUUGCAGCCACUCUGUUCCUCAGCCUCAAAGUAUUGUAACCACACAAGCAAGUAUAAUUUGAAUAUUACAUUUUCCAGCUUUAGUGAUUGCAUGAAACCACUCCUAGACAAUCAAGCGACUUUGUAAAACAACUUGCUAAUCAUAAGCCAAUGUAGAUUGCAACUUUAUCUGUUGUCUGUACUGCGAAAUAAAUACCAACUGAAAUAUGUCAUAAGUGCUUUCCUGCCUGCAGUGUGGAGAACCAGUUCGAGUCCCCUCUCCCUCCAGAUUAAAAAUGAACGUGGUGUAAUUUGAGAGAAGUUACUCUAUUUUCUCGGAAGUUGCACAUUGCAUUAGCGAGUCGCCAGGAUUUUUUUCCACACUUGAAAGCAAAACUGGUCAAAAUCAUGUAGAUCAAAAUGCACUAAUAUUGCUGAAGAUCAGACGUAGGGUCAAAUAGCAGUGCAAGUUUAUAUUUUCAAAGCCCUGUUUACCCCUUGCCCAUAGAGUUCCUGUCCUUGAAGUUUUUUAAAUUCUCCUCUAGGUUUUAUUAAAAUCAUCUUUGCAGCCAUACAGGCCAAAAUGCAGAUGAUCUUAUGAUAAAAUAGGGAUUGAAAGACAAAAUUACAUUGAAAUACUAUGAUUAUUAAUAUUUUCUAAAACACAUAACAUGAACACGAAAAGAAAAAAAUAAAUGACUAAAAAUGAUACUUAUUAACAUAAAUCAUCUUCUCCUGGUACCCGGUUCCAGUCUCUUAAAAUAUGAGCCUAAUGAAGGAGGGAAUCACACUUCUGUACCGCUCAGUUCUGCACGUAACUUGGUUGAAUAGGUUAGGAUUUCGUAGUCUCAUCGUUGCUGCAUUAUUUGACACUAACCAGCGACAAGAACUGGAGGGUUUGCCAAGUGAUUGAGUAAAUUUGUGACAAAGUCCUUUUGUCACAGUUUUUCAAGUCAAGUCUGGGUCAAAUUAUCAUGGUAAGAUUUGUAACGGAAUCCUAAAAUGCUGAACCCUCUCGAUUUGGUUGGUCUGGGCACGUGUGAGGGCUGAAUGCCAAACACAUGCAGCAUACUCAAGGAGAGGCCGAGUAUAUGUUACCAGCACACGUGUAUAUGAUAAUAAGGUCGUGUUGAAAUAAGUUAAAAGAAAUUAGUUGUCACAGCCUUUGCAUUCUCGAACUAGCCCUUUUGACUAUUUCUUGUGUCUGCUUGUCCCAUGAGGGAGAUGUCUUACAACAGGAACGCUGAAAUUUGAUUUUGUGGCAUCAACGUAUUGAGGAAGGGAAAAAAUAUCGAUAUCUCACACUUUUGCUUAGUUAUGCUUUUAUUCAGUGAAUUUAAAUUUAAGCUCAACAAUUGACAUCUUACAGUGAUAAACAGAUUCCAGGUCCCAUUGGUGACAUUCAUUUACACUUACACCAAUUAACUAGUUAACAUUAUUUCAUUACAACCAUAACAAUCUUUAAUGAUAACCCAAGAAAACUUUCUUAUUAAGCCUGACAAGAAUUGGUCUCUCUGUGAAAAUAUUUUUCAGGUUAAAUUUACAAGUUGUAAAUGACCGUCCCUGCCCACAUGUAGAUACAAACUAAAUCCUAUGGAAUGAGCUUUGUAAGAUUUCACCACAAACUCCCACAAGUAACACAGGCCGCCCCUUUGAAAAGUAGUCUACAAUUGUACAACUCAAGCAAAAAGAUUCCAUUUUU